UGGUGUAAGCUCAGAAUAGAUACUUCAAAUUCUAGGCACUAUGAAUUCGAAGAUGUCAUCGACAAAAUCCGAACGUCGAGCAACGAUACUUGGGUUUUGGGGUCGGAGCCGCUAAAGAAAACCCGAACAGAGGAGACGUAUGGUAAAGAAGAACCGUCAACAAGUGAGCAAGAAUGUGAAGCACAGACGCCAAUUCCAUUCAAUGAGAACGAGUUCGUGACGAAUCUGUCGAAACUAUUCGUCUGUAAGAUGCGAACUACUCCACCACCAAAUUUACUACUGAAUACCAACAGUCAAGAGAUCGACCUCAGUACCGUCCUCGGCUGGAAACGUGUGCUAGAUAGAGUUGAACAAGCGGCACCAUAUUGGCUCAAAGAGCAGGAACCUUCCCAACAGUGCCCAUAG